AAUCUCUCAAGACUUUUCGCCCAUUAUAGUUGUCUGACAAGUAAAAAUGGGUUGAUGAUUGUGAGGUGAUAUAUAGAUGUUUUAAACAGAUUUACAGAUACUGGCAAUAUAUGUUAUUUCUUACACAUACAGAAUUGUGGAUGGGAGUUUUUAGAACUUAGACAAGAAUGGCUUCUGACCAGGCAUCUCUUAAAGCCCUUGAGAACUUAAUGACUGAGUUCUUUGAUGGAAGGACCACAAAUGAAAGAAAAAGAGAUAUUGAGGAAAUUCUGAAUGAUUUCACACAGACUAGGGAUGCCUGGCAGCAUUGUUUAUUUUACCUGGCGAACACCCACAACGAAUAUGUCAUGAUGUUUUGUAUGACUGCCAUAGAGGCUUUGAUCAACAAGCAGUGGGUAGGCUUUGAUGGGCAGCACAAGUUAGAGAUCAGGUCCACUUUGAAUCGAUUCCUGUUGGAGCACCACAGCAGAGUGCCAUCCUACAUCAGGAAUAAACUGGUCAAAUUAGUGGUGGACAUUGGAAGAAUAGACUGGCCUCACUUCUAUCCAGACUUCUUCUCCAGUAUUUUGCAGGUAGUGCAACAGCCAGAAACUGCUGUGCUCGGAAUCAUUCUCCUACACACCUCCUCAGAGGAGCUAGCAUCACCAAGAGAAGAUCUGAGCAUGGCCAGAAAGGAAGAACUGCAGCGUCUCCUGCUCGGACAAGUUCCCACAAUUCUCAGCUUAAUCAAUAAUAUUCUGGAGUCUGUCCUUGAGAAGCACCGCCAUUUGGUGGCUGCUACACCACCUCCCUCUCCCACCUCAAGUGAAGGUGGAUCCACCCGUCGUAGAUCCUCAUCCAUAAUGCUGUUUAGCUCCCCUCUAGAAUCAAGUCAUACUGGUAGUGUGCUUAGCAACAUGUUUAAAUCUCCAAACAGUCGCAUUCCGUUGGAAGCACUACCACCUUUGGAUGUAGAAUCCCAAAAUUUGUGUAGUCUAGCCUUGAACUGUUUAGCUCAGUAUUUUAGCUGGAUACCUUUAUCAUCAAUGAUAACGCCUUCUUUACUGAGUACUGUGUUCCAUUUUGCUGGAUUUGGAUGUGAAGUACGGAAAUCCAGUUCAACCGUCAAUGCAAAUUUUAGCACUAAUACGUAUGUGCUAGGAAAUUUAGCAAUGAACUGUAUAAAUGAACUGCUGUCAAAAAACUGUGUACCCCUGGAGUUUGAGGACUAUCUCCUUCAAAUGUUUCAACAGACAUUUUACUUGCUACAAAAAUUGACAAAAGACAGUCGAACAAAUUCCACUGGUAAUAGGUUGUCCGAAAUAGAUGAAAGCUAUGUGGAAAAGUUUACAGACUUCCUAAAGUUAUUUGUUGGUAUACAUUUAAAGAGGUUUGAAUCCAGCCCACAGUUCCCUGUGUUGGAGUUUUUGGCCCUGUUGCUGAAGUACACUUUCAGACAGCCUUCUAAUGAGGGGUUUUACAACUGUCUGGACACCUGGAACACGUUCCUGGAUUAUCUGGAUGACAAGUUAAUGGACAGAACCACAGACAACUCAGCCAUAGCAGCAAGAUACCAGGAGCCUCUGUUAUCCCUGGUUUCUAACAUGCUUCACAAACUACAAUUUCGAUACAACCAGUCACAACUAGAGGAAUUGGAUGAUGAUGUCUUAGAUGACGAUAAUGAAACCGAAUGGCAGAGCUUCUUGUGUCAGAGUUUGGAAAUUGUUGCCAAGGUAGCAGAAAUCUACACAGCAGAGACAUUCCAGUUAUUGUAUGAACCAUUCAGUGAGCAUCUAGACAUUUAUCUUGGUCUGGAUCAGUUUGUAAGAAACAAUGCACAAGGCAGGCAUCUGACAAUAACUGCAGAGAAUGAGUGUAGAAAACUUCACUGUUCUCUGCGAGAUUUAGCUUCCCUGCUACAAGCUCUGGGAAGACUGGCUGAACACUUUAUAGGAGAGAAGUUUCUAGAAAGAUUCAGAGAUGGCACAUUGCUUCUAGAGAGGUUAGUGAAUACGGUUGUCUAUGGUUCAAAGUCCCAGCUGUUCAGUGUCACAUCCACUAUACAGAAUGUCCUCCACACAGAUUUUGUCGGAGUACAUGCACAAGCCAUCGCAUCAAUUAAGGCCUUUGCUCAUUGGUUGUCACAGUUUUACAGUGAGACACAGAAAGUCAAUCUCGAUAAGGAUAAAUUUUCAUCUUUAAUAUCUACGCUUCUGGACUCCAUUGUUCCAAUGUUCUCAAAAGAGAUACCAGAGAAAAUCGUUCACUCUAGUGCUCAUUUAUUGUUGUCAAUAACCUCUACUGUUCGACCCCAGUUUCUUUUGCACCUUACCAGUACCCAGACACUCUGUAAACAUGCCAGUCAGGGAGGAUAUGAUGACCUGACCAUUGAAGUACAGUUGUUAGUAUACCGAGCCUUGUCACACAGCUUAAUUCUACCCUGGCCGAAUGUAGUGGAGUCGGAGCAGAACUGGGCGAGUCGAGCAGGAGAUCAUCAGGCCUUUGUUAGACAGCUGGCCCGACAUUUCCUACAGCUCAAGGACACAAGAGCCCUGACAGCCAAUAAAGGCUUGCAGGAGGAAGCAAAAUCUGUGAUUAAGAGGACCUUGCAGAUAUUUGAAGACUGGAUUGAGAAUAUUGCUGGUGAGGUGGUGAAAAGUAAGCAGGUCUGUUACCAGUCAUUACAAGAAGUCAUUGAGGUGGCGUUAGCGGUUUUUCCCGUCUAUCUGCAUCAACCAGAUGUGGUGGAUUCCUUGAUGAGUUUCUUCUUGUCGCUGUUCCAAGGACUUAGGGUUCAGAUGGGAGUUCCCUUCACAGAACAAACUAUCAAGACCUUUAUGACUCUUUUUACGCAAGAACAGUUAGCAGAAAGCAUCUGCCAUGAAAGUAGUGCAGCCCACAGAGUGGUAGAAAAGUUUUUGAAGAUUUUAGAACUUAUUGUACAGGAGCCAGGGUCUGCCUUUAAAGCAUUCUUGCCAAAUGUGAUAUCCAUAUGCAUGGAUCAAAUUUAUCCUGUAAUAGCACAGCGUCCAUCCCCAGACAUCAAACAGAGUUUGUAUAAAUUACUUCACGAGCUGAUGAUGAACAACUGGCGGUAUUUCUUCAAAGGAAAUGUGCUGAAGUCGUUCAGUGCACAAGCACCCCAGAAUGGAAACGGAGAGGCUCAAAACACUCCACAGUUCACUGCCAUUAUGCAGUCAUAUGGCCAGUCAUUCCUCCAACCAGACCUUACAGUAUUUAAACAAAACCUGGAAUCUUUAGAAACCCUGAAUACCAAAUGGAAACUUUAUCAUAAAUCCAUAUUUAGAGAAGUGAUGCUGGUGCAGUUCUUAAAUGUUCUUAUGCAAGUCUUGGUGCAUAAAUCCCAUGAUCUCCUUCACGAGGAGAUAGUUGUGACAGUAUACAAUAUGGCUACUGUGGACUUUGACAGAUUCUAUGCUGAAUUUUUACCUCACUUCCUGUCUUCAUGUGAAGGGCUAGAUUCAAACCAAAGGAAUAUACUAGUGACUAAUUUCAAAGUAGUCAAGGAUCUGCCGUCCUUUACUCAGAGUGUGAAUCGGUUUGUGAAUGACUUGAGAUAUUACAGACUAAUCAAUAGUAGCCUUCCUGAAGGUUCAGUUACUUUCUGAUGUUUACUGUUAGUCAUACUGUGAAGGUUCGGUUACUUUCUGAUGUUUACUGUCAGUCAUACUGUGAAGGUUCUGUUACUGUCUGAUGUUUACUGUCAGUCAUACUGUGAAGGUUCGGUUACUUUCUGAUGUUUACUGUCAGUCAUACUGUGAAGGUUCGGUUACUUUCUGAUGUUUACUGUCUUGUCAUACUGUGAAGGUUCUGUAGUCAUGAGACAGCCUUGGUUUUUGUUGUACAGCUAUCCGUUUGUUUAAACCAUGCUCUACUUCCUAGACAAACAAUUGUUAUUUGUUUAUGUAAGAAUGUUCUUUACUUAAAUUCAAUGCUGAAAACCAGUCAUUAAUGUUCAAAGGAAUGAGGAUAUUUUAAAAAUACAAAUUUCCUGGUAUCCAAAUUAUUUCAUACCAUUUCCCUAUUGCAAAUUUUUAUUACUUGUAAUUCUAUUAAGUGCUGAUACAGACUGGUGCUUUAUGAUCAACAUAUUGGGAAAUAUUAUCUAAAAUACAGUCUGCUUUUAUUUGGAAACUGAUUCAUUGAGUUUCUUUGCCAGAUGAUGCACAAUUAUUUUGAUUUUGACUACAGAUUACUCCGUUUACCUAAUCAAGUUAUAGGGUUCAUGGCAGGUGGGACCAUUCAACAGGGGAUGCUUACUGUUCCUAGACACCUGAUCCCACCUCUGGUGUGUCCAGGGUUCUGUGUUUGCCCAUCUCUCUGUUUUGUAUUCUUUAUAGGAGUUAUGAGAUUGAUCACUGUUCGUCAUCUUCACCUUUUCAUAAAGAUACAUUGACUUUUUAUUCAACUGACUAGGACUUUUUGCAUUCCAUCUCCUUAGCCCUAAGUAAACAACAUUCCUCAAAUUUACAAACCUUUAUUUAUGGAGUAAGUAUUCAAAUACAAAAACAAAAGGGAAAUUGACCAUGCGUUCAGACUUUUGAUUCUUCCCAAUAGUUGUGGUGCUAGUAUAUCAAACCUCUAAGCAAGUGCUGACAUUGCUUGAAUUUUUCAGUUAACAAAGUUUUAUGCUUGACUGGACAUAAUAGGUUGCAUGUUGUAAAUAAGAAAGAAAGUAGUUAUAUGAUGGUUACACCAGUCAUGUUGGAAAUGAAAUAAAUUGAGGAUUCAAUUGUGAAUCACAAUUUCA